AUGACGGCGAACCACUUCGCAACCCUACCUGGACAAGGUCGUCCAUCAAGAACCCUUCCUCCAGAGAUCGCUGAGCAGAUCCUUAGCGACCCCAUUCUCAACAGAGAGGACUUAGAGAGGAUCAUCCGCGCCAACUGCCAGUCCUUUUCUGCACCAGCUAAGAGACUCUAUUGGCAGUUAGAAAUUCCUACCCACGGCCUCCUUGCUCGCCUCGAGAAGAUGCCGUUUGACGAACAGCAAAUCUUCGCAGAUAUGAUGCGCAAUAUCACGAUCGAGUUCGGGAUUCCUCGUAGCCAACUGAGCAUGCGGUUUCCGUUCUUUCCCCUUGUUCAGCAGUUACGUGUAUUUCGCGCGCACCCCGGAGAAUGCCGUACUUAUCCUACCCUGUACGUUCACCUUGGCCACAUGAUCAGUCCCCGUCUGCGUCUUCUCGAGGUCAGUGGAUGGCAAAAGUUUGCAGGCAGAGUUGUCACGGACAACAUCCUAUUACCUCUGACUCUCUGUACCGACCUAAAGAGACUGAUCAUCGACGCGUUUGUCAUGGACGGCACCCCCCAACUGUUGAUUGAUGUCCUUAGCGCUUGUCGCAAGAUCGAAGUGCUUGCCCUCGAGGAACAAUCGGUCACUCUCAUCGAUCCAUCUUCUUUGAAAGCCAUCGCUGCCCACCCAACUGUGCGCCAGCUCAGGCUGAGCAGCUCUAUCACUAGAGAAUUGGCUCUCCUGAUGUUGAAUGUCCCCUCGCCUUUCGCCAAUGUCACCGCGCUCGACAUAUUGAUCUGUCCCAACGCAGCUGUUCUACUCUUUCACCAUAUGAAGAAGCUUGUCAAGAAGAGACUCUUCGAGUUCGCAACCCCUUCUUCCUCAGGACUUGCCGCCGUAACUGCCAAUGUAUCGCCUCCUACCAUCAUGUCUUCAGACAGCGCGGCUCGCCCUCGGGUCGUCGCCUUACCCCGUGAGAUGGUCGCGAAGGUGUUGAGCGAUGUUGAAAUCGACAGAGCGACGUUGGUUUCGGUGAUGCGAUCUAACAAGGAGAUGUUCGACCAAGCAGUGUACGCUGAGCACAUUCAGCGCCUUCAUAUCGACCUUGCUCCCUUGAUGAUCCUACCCCCGCUCCACCACAUUCGGUUCAACAAGCUCAGAGAGCUCAGGAUCAUCUACACAGGAGCAGAAUCCUCAACCCAACUCCCCCACACUCCUGCCGGCUGCCACAUUGGCAUCAGCCACUUCUUGACCCCCAGCCUGGAGGUACUAAAACUGGAAGAAUCAAACACUUUCGGUCAUUACUCGACAGGUAACUUCCUGCCACACCUCGCUAGCCGCUGCCCCAAUCUGGGCACUUUGAUCAUCCACCCUGAGGUCAUGGGCGCAUCACCCCGUUGUCUGAUCAGGGUCAUUGAGGCGUGCAAGGAGCUCCGCGUGCUUAGCGUCGUCUCUCGUACUGGGACCCUGAUUGACGCUCAAGCCCUCAAGCACAUCGCUGCUUAUCCUCGCCUCUAUGUCUUCGAAACGCACAAACUCAUCACGGCUUCGGAUGUUCGCUUUGCCCUCUCCGACAAUGGCCCAUCGCCCUUUGGCACACUAGGCUUUGUGCGCUUGGCAAUUGAGACUGAAGCUGCGAUUCCGAUGGUGCCGCACAUACCCAAGUUGGAGAUUAUAGAUUUCAGACUCUCCGGUCCUGGCAACAUCUUCGCCCAUCUUCACGAACUCGAGCAGCUGGAAAAAAUGACCCUGUUCUUCAUGACCGAUCACAUCCUCACAGAAGACGACUUUGACGCUCUCAUCCCUCACGCUUCGCUCCACGAGCUUGAGCUCAGGCCCUGCAAUAGCGCCGACCUUGACACCUCCUCGGUCUCCGUCACUGCUAUGCUCAGAGUAUUUGCUGCACUGCCUAACAUCAGGCGUCUCCGCUUGAUCGCCCACAACCGCUGGAAUGUCGACCUUCUCGUCGGACUCGGCCGCGUUCUUCCUCGUCUAGAGCGACUUGACAUCGCUGGUUCAUAUAAUCUCUCGAUCAUGGAGUCUCUCCCCACCGCCAUCUUCCCUCGUCUCGAGUACCUUUUCGUCGCUUAG